AGCAGGCGGGCUCAAGAUGAGCCUGCGUGCUCGCCUGUUCCAAACCUAGCGAUGUCGCGUGGCGGCUCCCAGUCUGCCAGAGGCGUCCCCGGGGAGGCCGCACGCCGCCCGGCCGAGGCCAUUGUUCAAGCGGUGGGCGGGCACGCGCCAAACUACACCAUCUAUGGCACCCAGCACCACAACUAUCCGACGAAGGACAAGGCUGCCGUGGCCUCGGUGCCCGAGCGGGCGGAGUGGGCCCGCCAGCCCAGGCACAGGACGCGGACCGAGCUCCUCGAGGCGCGCCGGCUGGAGAGGUAUCCAGACAUUUCUGCCGACAUAGAUGGCGACGGCGCUGUGGGCUCGACUGACUACUUCAUAGCGAAGCAGUUCAGCAACGGGCCCUGUGAGGACAAGCUGCGCCUCAGCACGGGCGAGAGGAGGAACGUUGUCGAGGCUCUCGAGGGCGGCCUGCUCGACAAGUACUCGUUCGGGCACGAUCAGGUGGGCUCGCAGCGGCCCUUCGCCGUCCAGCAGCGAAGGGGCAUGAUCGUCACGGCGGCCGCCUCGAUGGGUGCGACGUCGUGGACGAUCGGACCAAGAGGGAGCCAGUGAGCGACUUCGUUCGCAAGGCGAAGCGCUACCUGGACUGGGUGGGGGCCUCCGGCUACGAGCCUGGGGACCUCACGGCGGCUGCCGAAUGGCGGGCCAGAGCCGGGCACCUCGUGAGGACAGCCCCGUGCGCGUGGCAAUUGGGCAUCGAGGGCAAGGAUCCGAUAUUCGGGCGCCGCCGCGCGUCCGUUUCGUUUCCUCUCUCUUCGGUCUUCUAUCUAUCUGGG